AUAAAUUGUAUUCCUAAAGCUAAGGUCAAUAAUAAACAGAGGUUAUAUACUUGAGCUGAUGCGCCAUUGCAUAGAUCACCAUGGCAAAAACACAUGAAAACCUUCUUGUAUUCCCAGACGGUAUCAUCACAGCGUUCUUCACUGUCCGAUGGUCCUCUUUGCAAACAAGUCCUUUGGGUUGCGGUGUCGAAUUCUUGUUCUUUAGCGUCAACAUCUCGUGUUUCGAUUAUUUUCCCACACCAUCCCGAUGCGCAAGGUACGACUUCUGCUCCAAUGCCCGGUUCUGCAUUUAAUUGAGAAAUGUUGGUAUAUUUAAAACGGUCUUUACAACUUCCCAAAUCCCCUCGAGAACGACAACUAAAACAACGUUUUACAACACUUUCGGAAAAGUCUAUCAACACCGUCAAUAAAAAUAUACUGAAGGCAAUUUUGUAAAACAUGAUUGUGUUAAUAUGUAAUAUUGUUACUGGACUGCCAUCAAGGCACUUUCACUUUUCUCUAGUAUGUAUAUUCACUGUAAAAAGGGCUUUUGACAGGAAAAUUAAUGACGGUCGCGCAUAAUGAUCAAAAUGCUAAUAUUUUGUUAUUAUUUAGUGAAUUUAAUGGAAUUUUAAUAGUAUUUUAAAGACUAAGUUCAUUUAGUAUGGUAAUAAUUGAAAUUUCGAAUAUCGGAAACUAAAAAGCCAUAAGGUGUACUCGUCAUUCGGCGUUUAUGGUUGAUGUGCAGCAACAUUGUAAGUAGACUCACCUUUAGUGAGCAUACCACUGAAUAAAUUACAUUUAUAGUAUAUUCUGAUUUAUGUGUAUACGGUUAUACUUUUUCGUGUACGGAAUCCCCCAUCAAACACAAAAAUAUUUGUAUUUAUUCAUAAUAUUUACCAUUGUGAAAUGUGAAUACGGCACUAUGGAGCAAGGACUAAGGAGUAUUCUUAUUGAUAUCUUAUGAUAUCCUUUAAUCGUCGAACAUGAUAAGUCAUGUCAAAAAAACAACAGGUAUGUCAGCAACUCGGUGAUAAGCCAAAAAUGGCUGCCAGUGAAAAUUGAUAGCACGAGCUACCGACAUACCUGUUCACGUCUUAGUCACAGAUAAAGUGUUUUUGAAGAUUCGAAUAUUUUCGUUUGCAUAUUUGGUCACAGUGUAUAAAAGAUAAAAGGCCUAUUAUCCGAAGUCGAAUUAUUGGUUAUUACCACCACAGGCAAGAAUGCGAAUGGAAUCUGGAUUCUGGAAACAUCAUCAGUAGACUGUAGAGUGUAGACAGUACAGCUAGUUAAGUUCAGUCAUUUAUUUCGUCUCAAAGCUGCAAAAUAUCUUAUUUUUUUUAAAUUUGUAUACAUUUUUCGAUUUAAAAACUAAUUAAAAAAAUACAUUAUGCCCAUUAGACUUUAACGCAUUUACUAGUUAAAAUAAUUAGUUCAAUAAUACCUGUUGAAACUGUGUGAAUUUAUCAAAAGAUAUGGUACACAUUCGUAAAUAAACGUGUAUGUUGCUGUAACAUGUUUGUGUUGCAGUUUAAAGUUCGAAACAUUAUGUAAACGAGGCUUUAAAACUACAAAUAAGCCUUACAGUAGUACAGUGUUUGCACCAACAAUUUUGCUUCAAUUUCAGAUUCUAUCCGUUUGUAUGAAUUUUGCAUUAAAUUCCAAAUAACAAUACCAUCAAUUUUGUACGACAUUGAGCAAUACAGUGCAAUUAAUUAUAAAAUAACAUUUAAUCUACUUUAUUUGCCUUAAUUGAAGAAAUGAACGACACAGAUCACCAAAAUGGGAUGCAUUGUUUGCACUCUCCGCGACAAAUUUCAGAGGUUAACUUUUUGCCACCGUCGCCACCUGCAGGGCUAGCAUCACUUUAUAUGUUAUGUAAAAGAAUAUACCCCGAUCAAUGUAAUCCAUUACAAGCUACCACUGUAGUCAAAUAUUGGCUCGGCGGACCAGAUCCGUUGGACUAUAUUAGUAUGUACAACAAUCCAGGCGAUCGUAUGAUAGGUAUUCCUCCUCAUUGGCAUUAUAUUAGUUUCGGAUUAUCAGAUUUACAUGGCGAUGGCCGGGUCCAUAGUACGUCAAAUGGUCCGGAUGGACCAAGUGGGUUUGGAUUUGAAUUGACGUUUCGACUACUUAAGGACCCUUCUGAAACUUCUCCACCCACGUGGCCUGCCCGCAUGAUGCAGUCUCUUGCCAAAUACGUAUUCAAAACAGGUAAUACAUUAUAUGCCGGCGAUCACGUAUCUUGGCACCACGGUUUGGAUGGUAGUGAAAGUCGUUUGCAACAUAUGUUGAUGGGGGAAGAUCCACAGAUGCAAGUCACGGUCACACCUCACGGUGCUGUGAGAUUCGUUCAAAUUGUCGGCGCCUGUUUGGAAGAGUUACAAGCCGUUCAGAGAUGGAACGGCCUAGGAGUAUUGCAAAUCUUGAAAAGACAUGCGAUUACCGGAGGCUCGUGGUUAAUAACUAAUAUGCGAAGAGGAGAAAGUAUGGUCGACAUAGACCCUGCUGUUCAUAACGAAGUAGCUGAAGGUAUCAAAGUAGAAGGUUCGAAUUUAUGUGGAAUUAGCGCUCAUUGUUUGUGGGCAGAAAUAAGCGAAAAAAGCAAUUUGACAUUAAGUCAUCGAUCUGUCGAGAGCUCUAUAGAUAAAUUACGAAUUCUUAACAAUAGUGACACGCCUGCUGGUUUAAUUAACGAGGACGACAAUACUAAUUAUAAGAACUGUGAAUUAUCCGAAUUGGCUCAAGAAAAGUUUCUGGAAAACGUUCACUUAACGUUUAACUUGGAAGCCGGACUUUUACUACCUUUUGUACUCAAAGGUCGGAUUAGACACGGUCGACAUUUCACUUUUAAGUCAAUUGUGGGCGAUUCGACUAUUACCUUUGUGGCUCCAUCUGUGUCGGGUUCCGUUGUAACCGAAGAAAAACCGUAUGUAGCCCAAGGUUCUUGGCUCCAAGUAUUGGUUCCAAACAGUUUCCUCGAAACAAUGGAGAACAGUUUAAACUUUCUCAAUGAACCAAUUUUGGAGCCGUUGCCGAAAACUGUAUUUUGGUCUGAACAAAAUUUAACCAUAACCAUCAACCCGGAUAAAUCUUGAAGUUGGUCGGGAGGCGUACGACACUUGCAGUGUGUUUUUGCAUUAUUUCCUUCAAAUAUCUAAAUACUAUCAGUUCCUCUAAUAUUUGUAUCAUAUUGAUUUAUUCAUUUUUCUAAAACGAGAAAUAUUAUUGUUUUCAAUAACAAUUUAUAAACAGUAUUAAGACAAUACCACUAAGUGCCUUGUAAUUUAUUUAAGUAUCUUAUUAUUAUUAUUAUUAUUAUUAUUAAGUAAUCGAUAUUGACUAAUAUAGUUAUU